AUGCAAUUGGAGACUCGAAUUGAAGAAUGGAGGCCGCAGAAUACAGUAACGUCCUUGAAGCCAAAAACAGAACACGAGAGAGAUGGAGUACCUUUAGCAAACAAGAAUAAAGAGACUGAGGAGUCAAAAGUACGAGAACUGGAGUUUACGGACACCGAAUUUAAAGCAGAUCUUAACUUGCGGAAUGUUGGACGUGAACAUGUUUUCUGGCGGACUGGAGUAAAGUGCACGAAGGGAACAUGUUCAAAUGAGGAAGAAGUUGACGUUGGAAGUUCAGUGAAAACCACUGUUUGGCACGACCAGUUAUCAUCAUCUCAUCCAAAAAGUUCUUCACCAGGAAUUAAGACCUCUCCUGCUCCAUCUGGCCAGAAGAUUCCUCUUUAUUCUGUAGCGCAUACCAGGGUUGGAGACAAAGGAAAUGACUUGAAUUUUUCAAUCAUCCCACACUACCCCUCUGCUAUUGAGAGUGUGAAGCUAAUUAUAACACCCCAGUGGGUGAAGGAAGUUGUCUCAACUCUUUUGAACACCUCUUCCUUUCCCGACUCAUUUGUCACCAUGAAGAGAGACAAAUGGGUAAGCGAACAUGUUAAUGUAGAAAUUUAUGAAGCCAAGGGAAUCAAUUCUUUGAAUAUCGUGGUCCGUAACAUUCUAGAUGGUGGCGUCAACUGCUCUCGUAGGAUUGACCGGCAUGGGAAGACCAUCUCAGACCUUGUAUUGUGUCAGCAAGUUGUGCUGCCGCCAUGA